AGCAGUUGGCAAAGGUAUUGAUGUGGAUCAUUGAUAACAAGUGCAGAGCAGAAUUAGGUAUCGACAACUAGGUCUGCUCCUGCAUAAUGAAGAGCUGUCUGUAUACCGAAAAAGACGCCAAGGCAAUCGACUAGAUAAUGUCUCACUAGGUAAUGAUGAGGCGAGGGUCGCAUAGUCGGCAUCGUGACUAUUCUUUGCGGCGCUCGGGAAUGGCAGUCACUCUAAUGCAUACUGACCCACGUGCUGUCUGAGGGUGUUAUUUCGCGGUUAUAAGAUUCACGAAUCGUCUAUGAAGAGAUGUUUAUUUUUGCUGAUCAUCUCAGGCACUCUUCGCUACAAUUCAGCCAAGACGGUCUUCAAAGCCGGCAAUCUCCCUCUCACCGACUACUCACCCGAAAAUCGUCUUUCGAUCACAACGUCGACGACAUGCACUUCUGAGCCUUCAGCUGGCGCAUGGAGCGCGGCGCCGCAUGUCCUUACCGCUUCCGCUCCCGCAACGACCUUCGCGACCUCGUUCACUGGCGUAUUUGCUGCCCCGUCACGUACUUGGUCCUCACGCCCUGCCAGCUCCGCGCCACCUGUGACUUUCGUAGUGGCCCGACGGGUCUUCACCCCGGACGCUGCGAAAUGGAACUCCACGUCUGCCUGGCCCAGCAGUGAAUCUGGUGCUCCACAUAACUAGGCGUGGCAUCUCUGUGGGGGAACUGAUGAUGGGAGACAACGGACUGUUCGAUUCAGACACUCAUUCGUUUGAUUAUUUCCCGCUCUAGACAGGGUUUUUGGUUGGGGGAAAAAGGGGAAGGGUCGUUGGGGCCGGCCCUGCCUAGAGUGAUGGUGUUGCAUCUUCUCAACUUAUAAUAAACAAGUACA